GCAGAUGGUAAAACAGAUGUAAACAACGCCGGCAGUCCUUCUUGUGUUGCUCAGUGGGAUAUGUUUAAGUUAGUUAUUUGUUAAAAUUUAAAAAAAAUCCGCGAAGAUGUUCUCAAUGUGCAAACAGACACACGCGGCCACAUCGGUGGAAUUUGCCAUUACGUGUCGCUUUUUCAACAAUCUCGAGGAGAAUCUGGUCGUGGCCGGCGCAAAUGUGCUCAAAGUGUACCGUAUUGCGCCCAACGUGGAUGCGGUGCAGCGCCAAAAGCUUAAUCCCACCGAGAUGCGUCUGGCGCCCAAAAUGCGCCUCGAAUGCCUAGCCAGCUAUUCGCUCUAUGGAAAUGUUAUGUCUCUGCAGAGUGUCUCACUGGCGGGCGGCAUGCGGGAUGCAUUACUGAUUAGCUUUAAGGAUGCAAAGCUGUCUGUGCUGCAACUGGACGCAGAUACGCAAACCCUAAAAACACUCUCGCUACAUUAUUUUGAGGAGGAGGACAUACGCGGCGGUUGGACGGGACGCUAUCAUGUGCCUGUGGUGCGUGUGGAUCCAGAUGCGCGCUGCGCCGUGAUGCUCGUAUAUGGCAAGCGCCUGGUGGUGCUGCCCUUUCGCAAGGACAACAGUCUUGAUGAGAUUGAGCUGGCCGAUGUAAAGCCCAUUAAAAAGGCGCCCACAGCUAUGGUCACACGCACGCCCAUUAUGGCAUCCUAUCUAAUAGCGCUCGCUGAUCUGGACGAGAAGCUGGACAAUGUGCUGGAUAUACAAUUUUUGCAUGGCUAUUACGAGCCCACAUUGCUUAUACUCUACGAACCGGUGCGCACCUGUGCCGGCCGCAUUAAGGUGCGCUCCGACACCUGCGUGCUGGUGGCCAUCUCACUGAAUAUACAGCAGCGCGUGCAUCCCAUUAUCUGGACUGUAAACAGCCUUCCCUAUGACUGCCUGCAUGUAUUUCCCAUACAGAAGCCCAUUGGCGGCUGCCUGGUCAUGACUGUGAAUGCCAUCAUCUAUUUGAAUCAGAGCGUGCCGCCUUAUGGCGUCAGUCUAAAUAGCUCGGCGGAUAAUAGCACCAGUUUUCCGCUCAAGCCGCAGGAUAAUGUACGCCUUAGCUUGGACUGCGCCAAUUUUGCUUUCAUUGAUGUGGAUAAAUUAGUUAUUUCGUUACGCACUGGCGAUCUCUAUGUGCUUACCCUGUGCGUAGACUCCAUGCGCACUGUGCGCAACUUUCACUUCCAUAAGGCGGCGGCCAGUGUGCUGACCAGCUGCAUAUGUGUGUGCCACACGGAGUAUAUAUUCUUGGGUUCUCGCCUGGGCAAUUCGCUGCUGCUGCACUUUACCGAGGAGGAUCAGAGCACGGUAAUUACUUUGGAUGACAUGGAAAAUGCCGUGGAGCAGCAGGCUGUUGAGCAGGCACCCCCACAGCUGGAUGAGGAGCAGGUCUAUGAUGUGGACCAGCAUGAGGCACCAUCGCAAGCCAAAUCCCGUCGUAUUGAGGACGAGGAGCUGGAGGUAUAUGGCUCUGGCGCCAAGGCCUCGGUGCUGCAGCUGCGCAAAUUCAUCUUUGAGGUUUGCGACAGUCUCAUCAAUGUAGCUCCCAUCAAUUACAUGUGCGCCGGCGAGCGUGUGGAGUUCGAGGAGGAUGGCAGCACACUGCGCCCGCAUGCGGAAUCCCUCAAUGAGGUCAAGAUUGAGCUAGUCGCCGCCACGGGACAUAGCAAAAAUGGCGCACUUUCGGUAUUUGUCAACUGCAUCAAUCCGCAGAUCAUCACCAGCUUUGAGCUGGAUGGCUGCCUGGAUGUCUGGACGGUGUUUGAUGAUGCUACACGUAAACCGACAACGGCACGCCAGGAGCAGCAUGAUUUUAUGCUACUCUCACAACGCUCCUCGACCCUCGUGCUGCAAACAGGCCAGGAGAUCAACGAGAUCGAGAACACGGGCUUCACGGUCAACCAGCCAACUAUAUAUGUGGGCAAUCUUGGCCAGCAGCGCUUUAUAGUGCAGGUAACCACACGUCAUGUGCGUUUGCUGCAGGGCACUCGGCUAAUCCAGAAUGUGCCGAUCGAUGUGGGCUCGCCCGUGGUGCAGGUGUCCAUAGCUGAUCCUUAUGUCUGCCUGCGCGUGCUCAACGGACAGGUUAUAACGCUGGCGCUGCGCGAGACCCGCGGCACACCCCGGCUGGCCAUCAAUAAGCACACCAUCAGCAGUUCGCCUGCUGUGGUGGCCAUUGCAGCGUACAAGGAUUUAUCCGGACUGUUUACAUGCAAGGCGGACGAUGUGCUCAAUUUGACUGGCAGCUCGGGCCCCGGUUUUGCCAAUAGCUUUGGCGGUUACAUGAAGGCCGAGCCGCACAUGAAGGUGGAGGAUGAGGAGGAUUUACUGUAUGGCGAUGCGGGUAACGCCUUCAAGCUGAACAGUAUGGCCGAUUUGGCCAAGCAGUCGAAGCAGAAGAACUCGGACUGGUGGCGCCGCCAGCUGGUACAGGCCAAGCCUAGCUACUGGCUGGUUGUGGCACGCCAAAGUGGCACACUUGAGAUCUAUUCCAUGCCGGACAUGAAGCUUGUCUACUUGGUCAAUGAUGUGGGGAAUGGGGCGCUGGUCCUGAACGAUGCCAUGGAAUUUGUGCCCAUUUCGCUGACGCAGGAGAACUCCAAGGCGGGCAUAUUGCACGCGUGCAUGCCGCAGCAUGCAAACUCCCCAUUGCCGCUGGAGCUGUGCCUGGUGGGCCUGGGUCAGCAUGGCGAGCGACCAUUGCUGCUGGUGCGCACACGGCUCGAGCUGCUCAUCUAUCAGGUGUUUCGCUAUGCCAAGGGUCAUCUGAAGAUACGAUUUCGGAAGCUGGAGCAACUGCAUCUGCUGGAUCAGCAGCCCACGCACAUUGAGCUGGACGGCGAUGAGGCUGAGGAGGCCGAAUCCUACAAUAUGCAGCCCAAAUAUGUGCAGAAGCUGCGCUAUUUCUCAAACGUGGGCGGCCUGGCUGGGAUCAUGGUGUGCGGCAUGAAUCCCGUUUUUGUAUUUCUCACCGCACGCGGCGAACUGCGCAUCCAUCGGCUGCUCGGCAAUGCGGAUGUGCGCAGCUUUGCGGCAUUCAAUAAUGUGAAUAUACCACAUGGUUUUCUUUAUUUCGAUACCACAUACGAGCUGAAGAUCUCGGUGCUGCCCAGCUAUUUGAGCUAUGAUGCCGCCUGGCCGGUGCGUAAGGUGCCGCUACGUUGCACGCCUCGCCAGCUGGUCUAUCAUCGCGAGAAUCGCGUUUAUUGCCUGAUUACGCAGAAGGAGGAGCCCAUGACCAAAUAUUAUCGCUUCAAUGGCGAGGACAAGGAGCUGUCUGAGGAGAGUCGCGGCGAGCGUUUCAUUUACCCAAUUGGCUCACUGUUUGAAAUGGUGCUCAUCAGUCCGGAGACCUGGGAAAUUGUGCCCGAUGCUUCCAUACAAUUCGAGCCGUGGGAGCAUGUCACCGCCUUCAAGAUAGUGAAACUCUCGUAUGAGGGCACACGCUCCGGAUUAAAGGAGUACCUGUGUAUCGGUACAAAUUUCAACUAUAGCGAGGAUAUCACCAGUCGCGGCAAUAUACAUAUCUAUGAUAUUAUUGAGGUGGUGCCGGAACCGGGCAAGCCCAUGACCAAGUUCAAGCUCAAGGAGGUCUUCAAGAAGGAACAAAAGGGACCCGUUUCGGCCAUCUCCGAUGUGGUUGGUUUCCUGGUAACCGGUCUCGGCCAAAAGAUUUAUAUCUGGCAGCUACGCGAUGGUGAUCUCAUUGGCGUCGCCUUCAUCGAUACCAACAUCUACGUGCAUCAGAUUAUUACCGUCAAAUCUCUGAUCUUUAUAGCGGACGUCUAUAAAUCGAUCAGUUUGCUGCGCUUCCAGGAGGAGUAUCGAACGUUAUCGCUGGCCUCGCGCGAUUUCAAUCCGCUCGAGGUCUUUGGCAUUGAGUUUAUGGUGGAUAACUCGAAUCUGGGCUUUCUGGUCACCGAUGCGGAGCGCAAUCUCAUUGUCUAUAUGUAUCAGCCGGAGGCGCGCGAAUCUUUGGGCGGCCAGAAGCUGCUGCGCAAGGCCGAUUAUCACCUGGGCCAGGUAGUCAACACCAUGUUCCGUGUGCAGUGCCAUCAACGUGGCCUGCAUCACCGUCAGCCCUUCCUCUACGAGAACAAACACUUGGUCAUCUAUGGCACCUUAGAUGGCGCCCUGGGCUACUGUCUGCCGUUGCCGGAGAAGGUUUACAGGCGAUUCCUUAUGCUGCAGAAUGUGCUGCUCUCCUAUCAGGAUCAUUUGUGCGGCCUGAAUCCCAAGGAGUAUCGCACCAUUAAAACGGUCAAAAAAAUGGGCAUUAAUCCAUCGCGCUGCAUUAUCGAUGGCGAUCUCAUUUGGUCCUAUCGCAUGCUCGCCCAUUCCGAGCGCAGCGAGGUGGCCAAAAAGAUUGGCACACGCACCGAGGAAAUACUUGCCGAUAUGCUGGAAAUUGAACGCUUAUCGGCCGUGUUCUGAGUUGCCAACUGGCCGCCUACUUUUGUAAAGUUAUCCCUAAGCUGUAGUCCUAGGUUUUAUUUUUAGUUAAGUUACGCCAGCUGCAUGUCAACAUAGUCCAACUGCCCCAGCCCCCCAUACGAUAAUGUCGUAGUAGCAACAAACUAUUUUGUUAAGUAAAGCGAUUUGUGGAUUUCCCUCCAAACAAAGAUAUAUAAAUAUAU